GAGCUGGUGGUCUGGGUACCCACGUGGGCUGGGCUUCAGGUAGACUUGGUGCUGCCGCCAGCGGGAGCCGAGCUAGGCGGAGGCGCCAUGGGGAAGCUGCGCCGGCGGUACAACGUCAGGGGGCGCCAACAGGUGGGCCCCGGCCCCUCCAAGGGCCCCCCCGAGCCGCCCCCUGUGCGGCUGGAGCUAGAUGACAAGGACACGCUGAAAGGGGUUGACGCAAGCAACGCGCUCGUUCUGCCGGGGAAGAAGAAAAAGAAGACCAAAGCCCCUCCCCUGUCGAAGAAGGAGAAGAAGCCUCUGACCAAGAAAGAGAGGAAAGUGCUGCAGAAAAUCCUAGAACAGAAGGAGAAGAAGAGCCAGCGAGCAGAGAUGCUACAGAAAUUGAGUGAAGUCCAGGUUUCGGACACCGAGAUGAGACUCUUUUAUACCACGUCCAAGCUGGGCACUGGGAACCGCAUGUACCACAUCAAAAAGAAGCCUGAGGAGCUCCCAGCCCAGGGCCCAGAAAGGUUCAGCAGCCUCAGUGGGGCCCACCGGAAGCGUCGCCGCUUGUCUUCAGCAGAGGAGUCCGAAUCCUCAGAGGAGUCUGAGCCAGAUGACGCCCCAGCCGUGGAGCAGGCAGAGGCUGAGGCAGGGACAACAGCAGCGCACCUGCCGCCAGCUCCCCUGCAGGCCAGGGACGAGAGCCCAGCACCCAGCACUCAGCCCCCGCCAGCUAGGACUCCCGCUUGCCCGGCAGCAGCCUCCGCCCUGACCAGGCCCCCGGUGAAGCCCGCUGUGUUCAUCCCCGUGAACCGCUCGCCGGAAAUGCAGGAGGAGCGACUGAAGCUCCCGAUUCUCUCCGAAGAACAAGUGAUCAUGGAGGCCGUGGCCGAGCACCCCAUCGUCAUUGUGUGUGGCGAGACCGGCAGUGGGAAGACCACGCAGGUGCCCCAGUUUCUCUACGAGGCGGGCUACAGCAGCGACAACAGCAUCAUCGGCGUCACGGAGCCGCGCCGAGUGGCUGCCAUAGCCAUGUCCCAGCGAGUGGCCAAGGAGAUGAAUCUGUCGCAGCGGGUCGUCUCCUACCAGAUCCGGUACGAAGGAAAUGCGACCGAAGACACCAAAAUCAAGUUCAUGACGGAUGGCGUGUUGCUCAAAGAAAUCCAAAAGGACUUCCUGCUGCUGCGGUACAAGGUGGUGAUCAUCGACGAGGCCCACGAGAGGAGCGUGUACACGGACAUCCUCAUCGGCCUGCUGUCCCGCAUCGUGGCCCUCCGGGCAAAGAAGCACCUGCCGCUGAAGCUGCUCAUCAUGUCGGCCACGCUGCGGGUGGAGGACUUCACCCAGAACCGGCGGCUCUUCGCUGAGCCGCCACCGGUCAUCAAGGUUGACUCCAGGCAGUUCCCGGUGACAGUGCAUUUUAACAAGAGGACGCCGCUGGAGGACUACAGUGGCGAGUGCUUCCGGAAGGUCUGCAAGAUCCACCGCAUGUUGCCUGCCGGCGGCAUCCUGGUCUUCCUGACGGGGCAGGCAGAGGUGCACGCGCUGUGCCGCAGGCUCAGGAAGGCCUUCCCACCCCCCAGGGCCCGGCCACAAGAAAAGGAAGAUCAGGAAGACUCAGCAGAAGAGAUGCGGAAGUUCAAGAAGUCGCGGGCGAGGGCCAAGAAGGCCAGGGCUGAGGCGUUGCCCCAGAUCAACCUGGACCAUUACUCGGUGCUGCCGGCGGGCGAAGGCGAUGAGGACAGGGAGGCAGAGAUGGACGAUGAAGAGGGCGCGGUGGGCUCCGACCUCGAUCUGGACCUGGGGGACGACGGGGAGGAUGGAGGUGAGCAGCCGGACGCCUCCCUCCCCCUCCACGUGCUCCCGCUCUACUCCCUGCUGGCCCCCGAGAAGCAAGCACAGGUCUUUAAGCCUCCCCCGGAGGGGACGCGGCUAUGUGUCGUGGCCACCAACGUGGCUGAGACGUCCCUGACCAUCCCCGGUAUCAAGUAUGUGGUGGACUGCGGGAAAGUCAAGAAACGCUACUACGACCGCGUCACCGGCGUGUCCUCCUUCCGCGUCACCUGGGUGUCCCAGGCAUCAGCCGACCAGCGAGCAGGCCGGGCAGGCCGGACGGAGCCCGGCCACUGCUACAGGCUGUACUCAUCCGCGGUGUUCGGUGACUUCGAGCAGUUCCCUCCUCCAGAAAUCACCCGGAGGCCUGUCGAAGACUUAAUCCUUCAGAUGAAAGCUCUCAACAUCGAGAAGGUCAUCAACUUCCCCUUCCCGACACCCCCCUCCGUGGAAUCCCUCAUCGCCGCCGAGGAGCUAUUGAUCGCGCUGGGUGCCCUGGAGGCGCCCCAGAAAACAGAAAGGGUGAAGCAGCUGCAGAGCUCCCGGCUGAGCCGCCCCAUCACCACGCUGGGCAGGACCAUGGCCGCCUUCCCCGUGGCGCCCCGCUACGCCAAGAUGCUGGCCCUGAGCCGGCAGCACGGCUGCCUGCCCUACGCCAUCGCCAUCGUGGCCGCCAUGACAGUCCGCGAGCUGUUCGAGGAGCUGGACAGACCGGCUGCCAGCGAGGAGGAGCUCGCCAAGCUCAAGGGCAGGCGGGCCCAGGUGGCCCAGAUGAAGAGGACCUGGGCAGGGCAGGGGGCUUCUCUGAAGCUCGGCGACCUCAUGGUGCUGCUGGGCGCCGUGGGAGCCUGCGAGUACGCGGGCUGCACGCCCCAGUUCUGCGAGGCCAACGGGCUGCGGUACAAGGCCGUCAUGGAGACGCGGCGCCUGCGGGGCCAGCUGACCACUGCAGUCAACGCCGUGUGCCCUGAGGCCGGGCUCUUCAUGGAUCCCAAGAUGCAGCCGCCCACCGAGAGCCAGGUGACCUACCUGCGGCAGAUCGUGACGGCCGGCCUGGGCGACCACCUGGCCCGCAGGGUCCAGAGCGAGGAGCUGCUGGACGCCAAGUGGAGGAACGCAUACAAGACCCCUCUCCUCGACGACCCCGUCUUCAUCCACCCCAGUUCCGUCCUUUUCAAAGAGCUCCCGGAGUUUGUGGUCUACCAGGAAAUCGUGGAGACCACCAAGAUGUACAUGAAAGGUGUCUGCGCCGUGGAGAUGCAGUGGAUCCCCACCCUGCUGCCCUCCUACUGCCAGUUCGACAAGCCCCUGGAGGAGCCGGCCCCUGCCUACUGCGCCGAGACGGGCCGGGUGCUGUGUCACCGGGCCAGCACGUUCUAUCGCGUCGGCUGGCCCCUCCCCGCCGUCCAGGUGGAUUUUCCGCAGGGAAUCGACCGCUACAAGCACUUUGCCCGGUUUCUGCUGGAAGGGCAGGUCUGCCGCGGGCUGGCCGCGUACCAGGGCUGCCUACUGUCCAGCCCCAGCACCAUGCUGAAGACCUGGGCCAGGCUGCAGCCCCGGACCGAGAGCCUCCUGCGAGCCCUGGCCGCUGAGCACGCAGACUGCCGCGACGCCCUGCUGGCCGCCUGGACAAGAAACCCCAGAUACCUGCUGACUGAGUACUGCGAGUGGCUUCCGCAGGCCAUGCACCCCGACGUCGAGAGAGCCUGGCCCCCCACCUCCGACCCCUGACCCACACCUGGCUGCAGGCCGAGGACUGGUUUGGGCACGCCCUGGCGUGGGCCCUGGUUCAUCCCAGCCUAACUCUGCGCAGAGCUUGCCCUGCGCCGUGCAGCCCAGGGUGGCUUUUGUGUAACUAUUCAUCACAUGGUGGGUGACACUUUUUCUCACAUGCUGGUCCGUGUCUCACACAUGCCCUUUGGACUACGUUAGUCCCUGCAAAGCAGCAGAGCCGGGCGUCUGCAGGCCCCUCCCCACUCCCCUUCCAGAAGGCAGGAGCGUCCCCCAGCGUGUCUUCCUUGCCUCAGCAGGGAGGCCUCCAGGGGCGCCCAGCACCUGGCCCUGGCCUCAGAGCCAUCCUAGACAUCAGCGAGCCUCUGAGUUCUGCUCCGACCUUGAGGGGCUGCCUGCACCCCACUGCCCCCGCCAGGCUCCACGCCUUCCUGGAAGGUUGGCCGUCAGCACCUUUCCCGUGUUGUGGCCGCAGGAGUGGGCGUCAUUCCCGGGUGGUCUCUCGGACAUCAGCGAGGGGAGCUGACCCUGUCCGUCAUCCCUGGUCCCUGAGUGAGGCCGCACGACUGUUCUGUCGGCCUUGAAUGGGGACGCCAGACCCCUCUCCUCCAUGGCAAGGUGGAGGGGACAAGGGCAGGGGUAGGCGCCUGGGUGAGAAAGAGGGACAUGGGGGCCCCAGGCAGGACGAAGAGUCAGGAGGCCCCUGCCCCUCUGUCCCCCACAGGGAGGGGCCCGGACGUCUGCCCAGGCCGAGCUCCAGUCGGGCCGGAUUCCGCAUCUCAGCUUCGGUGGGGACAGAGCUAUGAAAUAAAAAUGUUCCCUGCACCCGCAGUCCCCCACGUUGUUUCAUGGGAUGGACUUGGGGAAAGAUACCCCGGGUGGACAGUGUCCGUGAAGCAGGGCUGGGCCUGGCGGCCUGACUGUGCUUCUCAACGCUGCUCUCGGCUCCUGAAGGAGGCCUCACCUGCGCAGGGUCCCUCUUCCCACCUGUCCCAUAGGGGAAGUGCCCACGGCCCUGCCCCCUCCCUCCGCGCCCUCCCAGGCGCUCAGCCCCUCCCACAGCUGCAGAGGUGGCCCGGGCCAGGCAGCCUGCAGACUUGUCUUGCUUGACCUGCGGCGAUUGAGGAAAGCCUUGAUACCUCGCUGUCUGUAGAACUGGGACGUUCCCCACUCAAAGGUCCUGACCUAGAAUCCGAGCCCUGCACGUGCGCUGGCCGUUCUGAGAUGGAAGAGGAAGCCGUGCUCUCCACCCCUGCCUCUCAGGCGCCAGGGCAGCCUCCUCAGUGACGUCCCUUCCUCCGUCCAUCCCAAUCUGAAGCCACAGUGGAGGAUCCACAAAUAUAACUAGGCAGUUUUUUAAAAAAAAAAUGUUUAUAUAAUUAA